AUGGCCGAAGUCGAGAUCACAAGUCCUCCAACCAUGGCGCCGGUCACUGAAGCUCCGGAAGAAACUUCUACCGCCCUUACCACUACAAACAAUGAAGCAGGCGCACCCGCCGAGCGCAAAGUUAAGAAAAUCAUCCGUCGAAAAAAGCGUCCAGCGCGUCCCCAAGUCGAUCCCUCGACGAUGAAGAGCGAGCCUCCUCCACAAACUGGUACUAUCUUUAAUAUCUGGUAUAACAAAUGGUCAGGAGGUGAUCGGGAGGAUAAAUAUCUAUCUAAGACAGCUGCUGCGGGGCGUUGCAACAUUGCGAAUGAUACCGGAUAUACCAAAGCCGACAAAGUGACAGGUAGUUACUUCUGUUUAUUCUUUGCAAGGGGGAUCUGUCCAAAAGGUCAGGAAUGUGAAUAUCUACAUCGAUUACCAGGAAUUCAUGAUAUGUUCAAUCCAAACGUUGAUGUAUUUGGCCGCGAUAAACACUCGGAUUAUAGAGACGAUAUGGGAGGUACAGGAAGUUUCAUGAGGCAGAAUAGGACGAUUUAUGUAGGAAGGAUACAUGCCAGUGAUGAUAUUGAAGAGAUUGUUGCGCGACAUUUUGCCGAAUGGGGCCAGGUCGAGAGAAUCCGAGUUCUGAAUACGAGAGGUGUCGCUUUCAUCACAUAUUCGAAUGAGGCCAAUGCGCAGUUUGCGAAAGAAGCAAUGGCACAUCAAUCCUUAGACCACAAUGAAAUCCUAAACGUACGUUGGGCGACGGCCGAUCCGAAUCCGAUGGCGCAAGCACGAGAGGUACGGAGAAUAGAAGAGCAAGCUGCGGAAGCUGUUCGGAGGGCACUACCUGCAGAGUUUGUGGCUGAAAUAGAAGGGCGCGACCCGGAAGCACGAAAACGUAAGAGGAUAGAAGGAGGUUUUGGAUUAGCAGGUUAUGAGGCGCCUGAUGACGUCUAUUUUGCUAGAGGUGCCAAUGCGGUAAAUCCGGCGGGUAGACAGGGACUUGAGUUAGAAGAGGAGCAAAGACUCAUGCUUGAAGCGGAUGCCUACGAACAGACGGAACAGAAAGAAGAGAGUGGAGGUAUAUUUUCCAGUAGUACUUUGGCGGCACUAGAAAGUGCCAAGGGGUCAGUUGCGACGAAACCAAAACCCACAGCAUCUGCAGGGCCAUUAGUAGCUUAUGAUAGCGAUAGUGAUUAA